UGCCACAACGAGUAGUCAACACAAUCAACAGUUGUAAAAUCAAAAUCCCGGACCGGAAAGUUUUCACCGAUCAUCAUCACAUCAUGGCCUCACCGUUGCCUCCAUCGCCGGCAUCUCUUCAUUUGAAGAAGGUGUCCAGCGAAGGGGCAUCGUCUGAGAGCCUUGGUUCAGAGAGUCCCGGAGAGGAGUUCGAGUUCUCCGGCUGGGUUUAUCAUAUUCGAAUCAGCUCCCUAGGCCACGAAGCCUGUCACCUUCGUUUUCUCCGAAUCCGUGGCAAGUACGUCGAGAUGUUCAAGCGCGAUCCUUCCCAAGACCCUGGCAAUAAUCCAAUCAGGCGAGGUAUUGUUGGGCGUACUUUAAUGGUGGAAGAGUUCGGAAGGCGAAAGCUCAAUGAUGUUGAUUUUUAUGUCUUACGGAUCUUCAACCGGCUGGACCAGACCAAAAAGGGUGAGAUAGCUUGUAGUUCAGUUGGAGAUGCUCAUAAGUGGAUGGAGGCAUUCGAUCAUGCCAAGCAACUGGCUGAAUACGACCUCUCAAGGAGUGGUAGUUCAAGAAAUAAACUGAACAUGGAAAAUGAGAUUGAUCUUGAAGGACACCGACCUAGGGUAAGAAGGUAUGCACAUGGUUUUAAAAAGCUUAUACGAAUUGGAAGAGGACCAGAGUCUCUUUUGCACCAAUCCACGAACUUAGCUAAUAAAGGCGGGUCAACAGACUUUGGUGGGAAUGGUUCUGGGGAUGUGAUUGAAGCACAUGAAUGGAAAUGUGUUCGUACUGUCAAUGGUAUUAGAAUCUUUGAAGAUGUGUCUGAUCCGAAGAAUGGUAAAGCUGUUAUUGUGAAGGCUGUUGCUGUUCUGGAAGCUAGUGCAGAUACUGCUUUUGAGGUCAUUACGAAUCUUGAUCGACGCCAAAGAUACGAAUGGGAUACAUUGAUGGAUGACUUGAAGUUGGUUGAAUCUCUAGAUGGACAUUUUGAUGUCAUCUAUGGGAAACAUGAUUCCAGAUAUCUAGGAAGAUGCCAAUCUAAAAAAGAUUUUGUCUUCUCCAGACAGUGGUUCCGAGGACAAGAUGGAACAUAUACAAUAUUGCAUUUUCCUACAGUAGAUAAGAAGUGUCCUCCUAAACCUGGAUAUAGACGCAUAAAAAUUAAUCCUUCAACAUGGGAGAUUAGAAGUUUGAAAACAAAAGCCACUUCAAAUGGUGCAAGAUGCCUUGUUACUCAAAUGUUGGAGAUGAAAACAGUAGGCCGGUUUAAGUGGAGAAGUAAUCCUUACUCAAGUUUUGAAAAGUCUAUUUCUUAUGCUUUGUUGAGCCAGGUGGCAGGUUUGAAAGAAUAUAUUGGUGCAAACCCAGGACUCACGUCUGCUUCGGCCACAGUUGUUAGUUCAAAAUAUUCUGAUGGUAAUUUGUCCAGUGGUGAAUACGCAGAUGAUGAAGUUGCAGACCAAUUCUAUGAUGCUAUGAGCACAGAUUCAUCUUCAUCAGAUGAGGAUGUUGAAGAUGAAGUCGACAAGGACAGGAAGGACAUAAAAAUAAAGCUGAGAAAUGUAUCAUGGGCUAUUGCUGGCCUGGCGUUACGACGAAAUUCAGCAAAAGAUCUGGGUACAGAAUUAGAUCUAAAUGUUUCUCCAGCAAUUCUUGAUCCUAGUCAAUAUCAUGGAACCAUGCGCCAAGGGAAAGAUGACAAUGAUUAUAAUAGUUGGACAUCCCCAAAUGGUGCAGGGUUUAUGAUCCGCGGGAAAACAUACCUGAAAGAUAAUGCAAAGGUGAUGGGAGGAGAUCCACUUUUCAAGCUUAUAUCUGUUGACUGGUUCAAAGUUGAAAAACCCUUCAGCCGAGUGGCAUUGCAUUCCAGUUCACUCGUCCAGUCAGAAGCUGGGAAGAAACUCCCAUUUGUCCUCAUAGUUAAUUUGGAGGUUCCAGCAAAACCCAACUACAGCCUGGUACUGUAUUAUGCUGCUGAUAGGCCAAUAAACAAAAAUUCGUUACUGGGCAAGUUUGUUGAUGGGAAUGAUCUGUUUCGGGACUCGAGGCUGAAACUGAUUCCAAGAAUUGUUGAGGGAUAUUGGAUGGUCAAGCGUGCAGUUGGAACGAAGGCUUGCUUAUUGGGAAAGGCUGUUACGUGUGAGUACCUUAGAAAAGACAACUUCCUCGAGAUUGAUGUUGAUAUUGGGUCAUCUUCAGUGGCAAGAAGUGUCAUUGGUCUUGUUCUUGGAUAUGUAACUAGCCUUGUUGUUGACCUGGCCAUUUUAAUAGAGGGAAAGGAAGAAGCUGAACUGCCUGAAUACCUUCUUGGAACUGUUAGACUGAAUCGCGUGAGGCUAGACACUGCCCAGGCUCUUGAUAUUUGAUCAUAUAACCAUUUCUUUCUAAAAAAAAAGAUUUCUCAUUGAAGGGGGGAUUCAGAUAGAUUGCAUUUGAAAACAGAAGAAAAAGAUUAAAAAAUUUAUCGAAGGUUUCAUGACAAGGAUUAUGAUGAUGAACUGUGGAAACACAUGAAUGGUUUGUUGACAUGCCCACAGGUCCCAUUCUUUUGUGCACUUUCCUAUCAUGUGAAUUUAUUUAGGUAAUAAUCUAUUCUGUAUCAUAAAAAUACCAAAAAUUAAAUGUGUUUGUAAAAACUACAAACUCUAUUUUUCAUAUUUUGCUUUUGCUUUUGCUUAUAAAUUACAAACUAAGUUGACAUAUUACUGCAAUGUGUUUUCAUGUUUUGGUGAAUGUUUGAUAGUUAUUUAUAGAA